GCAUGCGGAAGCGCGGCGGCGGUCCCGCCUCCCGGGGAAGAGGGGCCGCCGCCGCGCUUCUAGGAGCUCAGCAUCCGCGGCUACUUCUCGACGGUGUCGACGUGAGGCUGCAGGCCUCACUCCUCGCGAGCCCAGAUGCCCGUCCAGCCUCCAAGCAAAGACACGGAAGAGAUGGAAGCAGAAGGUGAUUCGGCUGCGGAGAUGAAUGGGGAGGAGGAAGACAGUGAGGAGGAGCGGAGCGGCAGCCAGACCGAGUCAGAGGAGGAGAGCUCCGAGAUGGAUGACGAGGACUACGAGCGGCGCCGCAGUGAGUGUGUCAGUGAGAUGCUGGACCUGGAGAAGCAGUUCUCAGAGCUGAAGGAGAAGUUGUUUAGGGAACGACUGAGCCAGCUGCGGGUGCGUCUGGAGGAAGUGGGAGCCGAGAGAGCCCCCGAGUACACAGAGCCUCUGGGGGGGCUGCAGCGGAGCCUCAAGAUCCGCAUUCAGGUGGCAGGGAUCUACAAAGGCUUCUGUCUGGAUGUGAUUAGGAAUAAGUACGAGUGUGAACUGCAGGGAGCCAGACAGCACCUGGAGAGUGAGAAGCUGCUGCUCUAUGACGCGCUGCAGGGGGAGCUCCAGGAGCGGGUCCAGAGGCUGCAGGAGGACCGCCAGAGCCUGGACAUCAGCUCCGAGUGGUGGGACGACAGACUGCACGCCAACGGCAGCUCAAAAACCUGGGACUCCCUGCCGCCCAGCAAGAGGAGGAAGGCGCCUCUCGUCUCUGGCCCGUACAUCGUGUAUAUGCUGCAGGAGAUCGACAUCCUCGAGGACUGGACGGCUAUCAAAAAGGCUAGGGCAGCUGUGUCCCCUCAGAAGAGAAAAUCAGAUGGACCAUGACCUGCUGUUCGCAGCCCUGGGGCCCCUUGGAACAGCCAGCACCAAACCCAGGAUUUGCAUUUUCCUGCAGCAGAAGGGCAGACGGACAAGCCCCUCGGGGGCUGCCUGGCUAGCUCCAGGGUGCUGCUGCUGGGCCUUCCCCUCCAGCCAUCACUCAUCUGGGCUCCUCUGCCUCUCAAGGGCCUGCACAGCUGGGCCUGGAGUUGCCCCAGCAGGCCAGACUGUCUCCUCGGUCCCCCACCAGCCCCCCAACUUCCCCUGAGAAGGUCAGCCUCCUCAGUGCCCUCCCUGGUGAAGAAGAUGUGCCCCUUCUUAAGCCAAAGCAAUGUCCUUCCUGCCGACCUUGGACCUGGCUCCCCAGUCACUGAGCCAGUCAGCUGAGCUUCUUGGGAACUCUGAGCCAGAAAUUAUAUUUUGGGGGCCCUGUCCUGGCUGUUGCUGACGGUGAGAAGGCAGGAUCCCCAGGUCUUCUCAAAGCAGUUCUUAGGGACUGCCUCCCAGAUUGUGGGGACUCGAAUUAAAAACUUUCAUGAGACCCUGG